AUGACCAGCAACGCCAUCAACAGCGUUGUCUACGCCGCAUUCGGCUUUCUGUUGGCGAGAUCGGUGGUGCAGGGCCAGUCGAUCAAGGCGCUGGAGGCGUAUAACGAAGUCCUGCUCCAGGAGAACAACCUCCUCAAAGACCCAAGAUGGGACUGGAUGCAGAAGCUCUACGCAGAGGACGAAGAAACUCCCCAGAAUGCCCCCGUUCCCAUCUCCACUCUCAAGUCUCUCGACGGUGAGGCUGUCGCCGCCCCGACCUCCGACGUACUUGUCGGCCGAGAUGAUAAGGAAGACGGAAAAGUGCCCGUGCCAAAAACCAUGAUCUAA